UCGCGCGCUUUAGACUUUUACCGUGACUGACAUGCGGCACGCGCGCGGGCGCACACACGCGUACUGAAAAAUGUCCCGACGCUUUGUAUACGGCACAUAUAGCAAAGUCUGUGGUUGCAUUCCGGUUAUAGUAUAUGACAGCAGUCAUUCCACACGCGGAGUCAGUGCGUGUCCUUUGACCCCCCUCGUUUCUAAAAUAGAGAUACGACCUUGUGGAGACUUGAGUCAUAGUUGCAGUUGUUGAUUGCGCUUUUUGGCCGUCCGUCAAAGACUUUCUCACGUUGGGCGUCUGAGGCAAAAAAGCCAGCAAGAUUUGACAUGCUUGUCACUUCAUCAGCACUUACUUUUUCCGCGGAAUAAAAGUUGCCUCAACUUUUGGACACCUUGAACCUCUGAGGGAUUUGAAGAAGAAACUUUGCAGACGUUUCAUCAGUUGCGCUUCUUUUGGGUCCUCUGUGUCUUACACAUUCCAAGUGAUGCCAGUUGAUGUGCAUCAACACGUCCUCCUGAUCUCUGCUGUCUCCAUAAACCAGAGGACGGGGAUGAGGUUGGUGGGUUGCCUGCAGCUUGUUCUGCUCAUGGCCUUGAUCUCCAGAGCUGCAGGCCUGACUAUCCCUCUGGAAGUGGAGCAACCUCCAACCAUUAUAACUAAAACACCUGGUACUGUUAUUGCGCUUCAUAAUGACCCCAACAUAACUUUAAAGUGUGAAGCAAAGGGCAAUCCACCCCCAGAGUACAGAUGGACAAAAGAUGGUGAGGAUUUCAUUCCUCCUCAUGUCACAACAAACAGAACAGACCACACAAGUGGCACUUUUGUGCUUCACGACAAGCAACUCGGCCAUUUUGAGGGUAAAUACAGAUGCUACGCUUCUAACAAGCUCGGCACAGCCAUGACAGAGGAGAUCAAACUGAUAGUUUCAAGUAUCCCCAAGUUUCCAAAGGAGACAAUGAAUACCAUUGUUGUUGAUGAGGGAUCCCCAUUCAUCCUGUACUGUAACCCUCCUGAAGGUGUUGCCCCACGUCAGAUCUACUGGAUGUCUAUUGGUCUCGAGCACAUUGAGCAGGAUGAGAGGGUUUCCAUGGGCAUUGAUGGCAACCUGUACUUCUCUAAUGCCUUACAGGAAGACAGCCGGAAUGACUACUGUUGCUAUGCUGCCUUCCCCAAAAUACGCACCAUCGUCCAGAAAACCGCAAUGUCUGUGGUGGUCAAGAGCUGGAAACAUGACAAUGAUUCAGCUCACAGCAGCAGCAAAACCACCCCCCCACUGAGGAUGCCUGGCCUGCUGCUGCCCUCUGGUGUUCAGACAGAGAAGGUGUUGUUAAAAGGACAGAGUCUAAGGCUGGAGUGUAUACCUGAGGGAAAUCCCACUCCCAUGAUAACGUGGAUUAAAUUGGGAGAGGAUAUGCCUCCACGGGCACAGUAUAACAACUUUGGAAAGCAGUUGACCAUAUCUGCUGUUGAAGAGAAGGAUGCAGGGAAAUACGUGUGCUCAGCUAAAAACUCUGCUGGAGAGACUGUCCACUACUUCGAUGUAAUAGUGGAAGAGCCGCCUAAGUGGCUGACAGAGCCUCCGCAGGGCCAGCUGACUGUGAUUGGAGCUGAUGUUCACAUCAAGUGCUCUGUCAGUGGAAAACCACCACCAGACAUAACGUGGAGGAGGAAUGGUGAAGUUUUCAGAGAUGACACAUGGGAAAACAGGCAAGUGCUUGACGACACUGUGGUGCUCCAUAAUGCCACACCAGAGGACAGCGCUGUCUACCAGUGUGAAGCCUCCAACAGUCAUGGCAGUAUUCAGGCCAACAUCAACAUCAUGGUCAUGAAUUUGGCUCCUCAGAUUUUGACAAGGGACAACCAGGAGUACGCUGUUGUACUAGGAGGGGACAUCAUCAUGAAUUGCAGUGUUUUCAGCUCUCCUUCUCCCUCCAUCUCUUGGACCAGAGAUGGAACUCAUGAAACUCUCAUGGGUGGACGCUUUUUUGAACACCAAAAUGGAUCUUUGCAAAUCAACAAUGCAUCAAAAGACGACAGUGGGAAUUACGUGUGUGUUGCAGUUAACAGGGAGGGAAAGUCAGCUGUCAUUGCUGCGCUCGAAGUAAAAGACCCCACUCGAAUAAUAAAUCCACCUCAGGACGUGGAGAUCAUCAGUGGGACCACAGCACAGCUGAUGUGUCAGGCAGAGUAUGAUAAAAGCCUGCAGGGCACCUUUGAGGUGGUAUGGAAGAAGAAUGAGGAGGAGAUCCCACGAUCCUCUGAAGGAAAUUUAAGCUUCAGAUACUCUGUGGAUGGUGACAUGCUGCAGAUCAUGAAUGUUAACCUGAGUGAUCAGGGAACAUACACAUGCAUUGCUAGAACCAGCCUAGAUGAGGUCAAUGCAACUGCCCUGCUCACUGUACUAGAUGUUCCAGAUGCUCCAAGAAAGGUAGAGAUAUCUGAACUUGAUGGUCCGAGGAAUGUUACCUUGUCCUGGGUUCCCGGAAAUGAUCACAACAGCUCUGUUACAGAGUUUAUAGUGCAAUAUGAGGAGAGCCAAUUGGAUCCUGGCAGUUGGAAGGAGCUACAAAAAGUCCCUGGUAACCAGGCAACAGCCGAGCUGGCACUACACGGGCACCUUAACUACCAGUUCAGAGUGUAUGCUGUUAAUGCUGUGGGACCUGGACCCCCUAGUGAGCCCACUGAGAGACACAACACACCCCCUGCCGCCCCUGAUAGAAACCCAGAAAACAUCAAAAUUCAUGGCCAUCUUCCUCAUCAAAUGGACAUCAGCUGGGAGCCACUGUUUCAUAUUGAACAGAAUGGCCCGGGCCUUGAGUACAAGGUGAGCUACAGAAGGCUUGGGGUGGAAGAUGACUGGACUUGGCAUUAUGUCAAAAGGCACUCCUUUGUUGUGAGGAACACAUCCACUUUUGUCCCUUACGAGAUCAAAAUUCAGAGCAGGAACAGCCACGGCUGGGGACCAGUACCUAAAAUUGUUACUGGAUACUCAGGAGAAGAUGUCCCUACUGCAGCACCGCGGGACGUAGCAGUGGAGGUGAUCAACACAACUGUUCUGAGAGUUAGCUGGACCCCAGUUCCACACGCCACAGUCAGAGGGCAUCUCGGGGGCUACAAUGUUCACUGGUUGAGAAAACGAAGUCUGCUGAACCCCAGUAAGACUUUAGAUGAGCGCCACUCCCUGUCUUUUCCCGGGAAGAGGAACCACGGCAUUGUGCCGCAGCUGAUACCGUUCUCCGAGUACAGACUUACUGUCAACGUUUUCAACAAAAAGGGCAAAGGGCCAAACAGUGACCCGGUCAUCUUCAACACCCCAGAGGGAGUUCCUUGGCAGGUGCCCAUCCUGACUGCCUCCAACGCUCGCACAAACUCCAUUCUGUUGGUAUGGGGCCCACCUCUGGAAGCAAAUGGCAUCCUCACUGGUUACUUCCUGAAGUACCAUCGCCUUAAUGAGACCACACUGGAGGUGGUUGAUUCCCGGGAGAUAAACAUCACUGGGGCUGACACCUCCCAGUGGCAGCUCCAGGGCUUAGACGAUGGCAGCCUCUACCGUUUCCACCUCAGUGCGUGCACUCGAGCAGGUUGUGGACCUUCUCUAGCCCAGGAGAGCAACACCAUUGCACAAGCACGUGUGGGAGGGCAGCAGAGUGAGUUCUCCACCCAGGGCUGGUUCAUUGGGACCAUGUGCGCAGUGGCACUCCUUACCCUCAUCGCCCUCAUGGCCUGUUUUGUGAGGAGAAACAAAGGUGGCAAGUAUGCAGUGAAAGCGAAGGAGGACCUCCACCCUGACGUGGAGUCACAAGAUAUGAAUGAUGACACCUUUUGUGAAUACAGUGACAGCGAGGAGAAGCCACUGAAGGGCAGCAGCUUGUGUUCCCUGAAUGGAGAUGACACGGUGGGGGACAACGUCAGCAGAGACAGCCUGGUCGACUACGCAGACGGCGGAGGAGAAUUCAAUGAGGACGGUUCAUUUAUCGGAGAAUAUUCCGGACGCAAGCACGGAGGCUCUGUUAGCAAGCCCAGCGGACCCAGCCCAGUCACUGCAUAAAGCCGGGCUCCGGUUGAAACGGUCUGCUUCAAAUCCUUUCAAGAUACUUUUCAAAUUCAGCUUCCCUGGCAUUAAGUGCAGCUCGAAUAGAAAAAUAUGAGGGAAUAAAAAUGACUCAAAUGUGCAGAAGUUUUUACAGCAGGCAGAACUUUGCCCAAGGACUGGAAAGAAAUAAUAAACCCACCAUAAACACCAGUGUGAAUACUGUGUGUGUCUGUGUACAUACUGUGAGAGAAUGAUGUCUAUUUUGUGAGUGUUUUAUGAUUGUAAUAAUGACAAUAAAGUGUUUUUGUACCUAU